AUAAAUUUGACAAUUUUGAUUUCACUUCUUUGUUCUUGUUCGUCCCUUUUGUCUGGUUUUUUUGGUUCCGAGAAGACAAAGACAGUGAAAAUAUUAAUAAAAGAAUGGGGGAAGGUAGAGAAGGUGAUUGGGAGUGUAGUAGUUGUAACAACAGAAACUACGCUUUCAGAUCAUUCUGUAACCGUUGCAAACAACCACGUCUUCUCGUUGAUACCAAAACCCCUGCUGAUUCCAAGUGGCUUCCUCGUAUCGGCGAUUGGAUCUGCACCGGUUGCACUAACAACAAUUAUGCAUCAAGAGAGAAGUGCAAGAAGUGCGGACAACCAAAGGAAGUAGCGGCCAUGCCAGCAAUUGCAAUGACUGGAGCAUCCUUCCCUGCUUAUCCACACUAUUUUUCCAGGGCUCCCGGAGGACCAGAACAAAGGAUGAAUAUUGGAAAUGGUGUGCCACCGCAGUCGCUGAAUUUGAAUUAUAAUUGGCCUGUUACUGGAGCAGGAAAGUUUGGUGUCCAUCCAGUUUCCAUAUGGCCACCAGGUGCAAAUUAUAGUUCUGGACAUCCUUAUGAAAAUUCUACGAGUCAGAACCCAUCUACUCCAAAUGGUUGGCGUAAUGGGGACUGGGUCUGUAACUGCGGCUUCCAUAAUUACUCCUCACGCUCACAGUGUAAAAAAUGCAAUGCUUCUCCACCAGCACUUGGCACAAAACGGUUAGCUUCUGAAGAAUUGGUUUAUGACUGGGAUAACAAGAGAUUGAACGUAGGACCUACAAAUGGUCAGCAGCAAACUUAUACAAGUUUAGAGCUAGUAGGGACCAGUGCAGAACCAAAACCUGCAAUCUUCCCUGGUUACAUUGGCAUUAACUCUAGUUCGGCACCAAUUUUACCAAUGCCUCAACUCUUUCCAAUUCCACCUCAAGUUUCUUCUACUGCACUCCUUGGAAAAGGAGCUAAGCAAUGGCGAAGUGGUGAUUGGAUGUGCACAAAUUGCAACAAUCAUAAUUAUGCAUCCAGACUAGAGUGUAACAGGUGUAAAACACUCAGAGUAGCACCGAUGCAACCUGUCAACGUUGUGUAAUUUUGAAUUCAUUGGUUGUAUCUAUUUUUGUUGCUUGCCCUAGUUUUGUUUUUUUUUUGUUUUGAAUUUAUAGCAUGUACUUUGCCAGCAAAACAUUGAUAUACAUGACAAGCUCGUUAUAUUUACAUAAGACAUAGAUGGCAGUGUAUUUUUCAGUUUCCGAAAGCUGUACGCUUAUUAAGUUAUUAUCAAUAACUCUGCAAUAUAGAUGAUUUUGGGGUGUUGUGAUUA